AUGUCGGUGGCCUUGUUGCAUGUCUUCGCCAUCCUCAGCUGGGCAGCAGCCUAUCACCCUGACGACCACAGCUGCAGUUGGGGUAGCCAACAGGUGCUUUGGCAGCGCCUGCGGCACGAGGCGGAUGAUGUCUUGGCAGGGGGUCUCCCCUGGCCCCAAAGGCCCAGCUGGGCCCUGGAGCUUGGGAGUGAGGAGAGCUAUUUGAGCUGUCCCUUCGGCGUCCAUGUGCUCGGGCUCAUGCAAUACGAUGCAUUGGGCCCCGAAGCAGCCCAAAAGCUAGACUACGACCGAGCCCUAACUUUCGGCAUCGGGCUUUACAACAUGGUGACCUUGUUGAAGUUUUUGCUCACUGGCUGGCCUUCCUUUGGCUUCAUUCAUCGGCUUUGUCUGAAGCACUUCAAAAUGGCUAAAGAGCAGAGCUGCUCACUGGCUGCCCCGGGCUUCCGACCGGCGGAAGUCGUGGCAUCGGCUCGUAAGCAACUGGAAGAGACUUGGGCCAACCAGAGCUUGAAAGUCGGCCCAGCCGAGGCACUGUACACGCUGGAAAGGCAACUGGAGGUGGUGAAGGCCAUGUGGCUACAGCUUUGGCAAUUCGUAGACAGGUCGACCGCCCUGUCGUGGUGGUUCGGACUCGAUCUCGAGCGUCCAUGCUGCCGUAUGUGGGAGGAGCUGGCCUGGACACAAGGAGUUCUCCGUUCCAAAUUCGAACUGCCCUGUCGAAGUGCACAUCGUCGACUGGACGGUGCAGUUUGCCCUGCCUGUCGGCUCAUGGCGCAGGCAUUCUGGUUCGAGGAUCGCAAAGUGGCGGAUGGAGCCUGGCAGGCUGCGCUGGACUUGCAGCCGAAGUUCGAAGAUCCGGUUCCUGAGUGCUUGGAGUACUCAGAGGAGCCGGGCUCCUUUGCCAUUGCAACGGUGCUCACUUCGGAGGACCUUUUUCGAAGCAUCCACCACCCCCUAGAGAAGCCUGGCCACUCCAGCGACGGAGAUGAGGAGGAAGAUGCUGACGCCACGGCCAUCGUGCUGGUGUACGUCGACGCCCUGCGAACUUUGGCACACUCCAUCAGGAGUUCUUCCCGCCGAGCUCCUUGCGAGGCGCCAGAGAGGCCCUUCUUGGUGGUACUCUCCUUGCGCGCUGGUGAGUCCCUUCCAAGAGAGGCACUGCGGCCAAACGGGGCCGCAUGCCAGCCGCAUGUCUGGCAUGAGCGCUACAAGGCCACUCGUGCGGAGGGGAUUUUCUACAGCAUUCUCGUCGACCGCUUCGCAAAUGGCGACAUCAGCAACGAUCAGAGCAACAUCCCAGACUUCCAGCGCGACGAGCUGAAGAAAGGAGAGCCAUGGUCGCUGGCUCGUUGGCGUCACGGCGGAGACUUCCACGGCAUUCAGGCACGUCUCGGUUACCUACGUGAUCUUGGGAUCACCACACUGGCACUGUCUCCCAUCUUCCUGAACAGCGCUGGCGAUUACCAUGGGAAAUGCACCACGGAUAUCACUACUAUCGACUCCAACUUCGGCAAUACCGAGCUUCUGCGAGAGCUGGUGCACGAUGCACAUAUGUUGGGCAUCAAGGUGGUCCUCGACGUGCAAGUGAACCACGUCUGCGGACGAGGUCUCAAGUACUUGGGCUCUACGGGUAGCGUCGAUGGCGUCAACCUCUGCGUGGCUUCGUCCGAGUCCACUUACUGGUCUUCCGAACGAGGGGAGCCGCUCGUGGAGUCGGUUCGCCAGCGCCUGGGCUGGGGCGACUCCCUCCCCGCGUUUCUGCGCCAUCAGUCGUUCUUCGUUCGCUGUGGCUCUUCCCUUCUCUACAGGCCUGGGGGACGAGAUUUCACGUCAUUGCCGAUGGACUUGAAUGCCACCGAAGUCGAGGGGGGUCUGCUGUUCACCGAGAUUUUCCAGGACGAUUACUUCGAGCUCAACACCAUGAAUCCCGUUCUGCAGGAGCUGUACACCAACCUCUUGAAGUAUUGGAUUGCAGAACUGGACAUCGACGGCUACCGAAUCACUGCAGCCUCGCACAUCACCGCAGAUUUCUCGGCGUACCUGUCCACGCAUCUGCGCUUCUACGCCCAUGCCCUCGGAAAGGAGAACUUCUUCGUGGUGGGAGAAGUCAAUCAGGCCACUACUCCUCAUGGUGGCAACUAUAUCGGAAGAGUCCAAGGCGGGGCCGGACCAGCGACGCUACCUCAGAAGGUUCAGGGGACUCUGGAGGAGCUCUGCCAGUACUACAGCGCGCUGCCCACCCAAGAGCCUGGCUUCCUCUCCACGUACCCGCUGCAGGAGAUCUACCAGCUUCGUGACACCUGCUUGGGCAACGGCUGGAAUGCCAUGGACCUCUACCAACAACCCGGGGCCGCUCGCGCGGUGAAGACAGCGAGGGGAGUGCUGGAGGCUCAGGGCAACAUGCGGCUGUCCAUGGCCGGCGUUGAGUCGCAGAGCUUCCGGAAGCUUCUGUCCUACGGCCAGGGCGAUGAGCUUUGGCGCCUUCUCGUAGCGACAGGUUGGAGUUUCACCUGGUACGGCAUCCCCGACAUCGCGAAUGGGGUAGAGCAGGGACUGAACGGACUUUGCUAUCGAGAUCAAGCCGGGCGGUCUUCGCUCAGCCAGAAGAUGAUCGACAGCGGCAUGGAACGCAGCGUGGUGGACAGCAUCCUCAGCAGUUGCGAUUACCAG